UCUUCUUAUUUUUUUUUAAUGCUUUAUUGCUCGAUUUGUUGCGACUGCGGCGGCACCACCACCAUGACAACGCUCCUCUGUCAUUAUUAAAACCCGUUUUUAGUUUUUUUGCCUCAAAAAACGAGCUGCACACAUCGGAGGAGGAGGAGGAGAUAGAUAAGCAGCAGCCAGAGAACAACCACAACCACUAAUCCUCCCGGUGGACGGUCACAUUCACGGCAGAAAAUGGACAGAGCAGCACGAACUGGAUUAAAUGAGAGGGAGUGAACAGACGCCGUGAAACAAAAGCGAACCCUGAAGUGUUAUGCAUGUUAAUCCGUAUGGUCUUUAUUAUUUGACUGGAAAUGGGAGCUUUAACCAGCAGGCAGAAUAUAGGCGUGGAAGAAGUGGACAUCCCGUCCAAUUCGGUGUAUCGUUAUCCACCGAAAUCCGGGAGUUACUUCGCCAGCCAUUUCAUCAUGGGCGGAGAGAAGUUUGACUCCACCCAUCCUGAGGGUUACCUGUUCGGGGAAAACACAGACCUUAACUUCCUGGGGACCAGACCAGUAGCGUUCCCAUACGCAGCCCCUCCACCUCAGGAACCAGUAAAGACGUUACGAAGCCUUAUAAACAUCCGCAAGGACACGCUGCGGCUUGUACGAUGCAGCGAGGACCUGAAGCUGCCGGGCGACGAGGCGGCGGGUAAAAACAGGUCCUGUUACAACGUAGAGUUCACCUUCGAUGCUGACACGCAGGUAGCCAUCACCAUCUACUACCAGGCCAUAGAGGAGUUUCACAAUGGAGUGCCAGUCUACCUGCCGCAGGACAGCUCUCUGCAGUCUGAGACGGUGCACUUUAAGAGGGGCGUUUGCCAGCAGUUCUGUCUGCCCUCACACACCGUCAACCUCAGCGAGUGGGCCGACGAGGAGCUGCUGUUUGAUAUGGACAAAGAGGUUUUCCCCAUGGUGGUGCAGGCUGUGGUCGACGAAGGGGAAGAACAUCUGGGACACUCUCAUAUUCUGCUGGCUACAUUUGAAAAGCACAUGGACGGGAGCUACUGUGUGAAGCCUCUGAAGCAGAAACAAGUGGUGGAUGGAGUGAGUUAUCUACUGCAGGAGAUCUAUGGGAUAGAGAACAAAUACAACAGCCAAGAAUCAAAGGUCGCCGACGAUGAGAUCAGCGACAACAGCGCGGAGUGUGUAGUGUGUUUGUCGGAUGUGCGAGACACACUCAUCCUGCCCUGCAGACACCUGUGUCUCUGCAACGCCUGCGCAGACACCCUGCGCUACCAGGCCAACUGCUGCCCCAUCUGCAGACUGCCGUUCAGAGCUCUGCUGCAGAUCCGAGCCAUGAGGAAGAAACUCAGUCCUUUGUCACCCACCAGCUUUAACCCCGUCAUCACCUCCCAGACCUCCGACUCAGAGGAACACUCGGCGUCGGAGCACAUCCCUCCAGGCUACGAAGUGGUGUCUCUCCUGGAAGCGCUGAACGGCCCCCUCAACACCUCUUCUGUGGCUCCUCCUCUCCACUCGGGUCCCAGCCACGUCACUGGAGCGCUGCCUCCUUACAGCAGUGAGCCCCACCCGGCACCUGCCCGCUCCCCCUCACCUCUAGACCACUCCAACUCCAGUCAGGGACUCAAACUCAAGAAGAGUGGUUCAAAGUCACUUUCCCAGAAUUCCUCUGUGCUUCCUGAGGAGGAGGAUGAGAAGUCUUGCAGUGAAUCAGAAGCCUGUCGCCACAAACUCGCUGUGGAUCAGCAAGAGUGCGGAGUGACUCCAGACAGCGAGAACCUGACUCUCUCCUCGUCUGGAGCCAUCGACCAGUCAUCCUGCACCGGAACCCCACUCUCCUCCACCAUCACUUCCCCUGAAGACCCAGUGAGCAGCAGCCUGGCCCAGUCAGUGAUGUCCAUGGCCUCGUCCCACUCGCAGCACUCCCACAUCAGCACUGACACCAUGUCCUCCAUGUCAGGGUCCUACCUGGCCGGGGCAGAAGGCGAGCCCGGGGGGGGCGAGGGGGGAGACGCUGAAGAAGGGGAGGAGAACCAGGACGCACCCAUGGAGAGCAGAGGACCCUCGCAGCAAGACGGGGAAUUUUCCAAGGAGCCAAAGGAACAUAAUUACUCAGUGGCCGUUGAGGAGCAGGACUCAGAGGGAAACGAUGUCACUGAAGAGGACUGCUCCUCCCCGUCUAAUGGGAAAGGUGGGCGGAGCAGGUGUCCAGAGUUGGCCAAUAACAAUCAGGGCGUCGCCCUCUGUGACACGCCCUCUUUGGGGUUGGAUAAUGAGCAGGCUCCCGACAGCCGAUUCGCCGGUCUGAUGUACCUCGGGGGCUACAGGCCUGUCUUGGAGCCCCUCCCCCACCACACCUCCACCAGCAAUAUUAACCUGGAGGAGCAGGGGGCGGAGAACAGGGACGGCCAGAGUCCUAAACACCCUCGCCGCGGACCACUCAUCGUGUAACACAUUAACAAACACAAACACACACACUUACACACACAAACCUAAACGUAUCCGUCCAGAGUCAGCUCUUCUUACCCUGCCAUAGUGCUGCGUCGCUGGAAACUGUACUCGCUGAACAGGGAACCCCCCCCACACCCACUUCCCCAAUCC